AUGACAUCGUUGAUCUUCCUGGUGGUGACGCAGUGGUUGAGAAUGUGGCUCUGGAUUCUGGAAUGGUCAGCGUGGCUGAUGGAACUUUGGCAGAGGUACCCAAGGAGGAGAAGAAGGUUCUUUCAUCUGGCAGCAGUUCUGCUCCUGUGGCAAUGGGACAUGGACGUGGUUGCAAGCGAGGUAAAGGUAUUGGAUGUUCUAGAGAUCCCACAAGCUGUCAGUCUUCCGAUAUCUCCGUCGACAAGCUCUGAACGUGCGACCUGGAGCACGACGGGAGUGCGGGUCAACGCGCCAGAGGCCUGGAGCGCCAAUGAAGCGCGGGCAAUGGCUGGAGAUGGCUCCGGAGGCGGCUAUGAGAAAAAGGGCGCGCUGGUGGACGCACUGGUUCUGCCACAAACUAGUGUGAUGGAGCAGGGCGAUGGCCAUCGCGUCUUGGGGCAACGCCGAAUUCAGCAAACAAAGUCGAAAACAUGGAGGCCGCAGUCGAAAAACGAGGACGUGGAGACGGAAACAUGA